AUCAGGAACAGAUCCUAUUACCAGUACUGAUAAAAAUGAAUCUUUUGAACCAAUAUAUUAUAUAGAAAUAGCAAUGUAUUUAUAUUUAGCAUUACCACACGAAUGGGAUAACAUCAAACACAAAGAACCUGAAAACAUGAGUAAACCUCAAUGGAUGACGAAAAACCAAAUAGACCAUCAAAUAUGGACACCAUCCAUUCAAUAUUACAAAGACCAAAUAUUUGACGAGUAUAUACCACAAUAUCUUGAAGAAUGGACCAAUUAUGGAAAGAUCACCAACAAUCUAUUCCAACAACAAUUUCCAGAUAAAGAAAUUCCAAAUGAAUACAAAACACCAUAUGACGGUGACAAACAAGAGAUUACGGCAGAAAAGCCUAAUCACCUGUGA